AUGCUACAUGCACUGUGCUGUGAAGUCAGGGCUGACUGGAAGUGGCAGAAAGAGUGGCUGGGUCUGACAACGGGCUGGUCAAGCACACAGUUGUGUCACCACUGUCGGGUGACACACAAAGUUUUUGCAGUUGCACCCUCGCUUCUAGCUGAACUCCCUCGCCGAACUUUGGAUGAGAUCCGAGACCAAUGCACCCACCGUGGCAUCCGAAGCCCGCUCUUCGAUCUUCCAGGAGCUUCAGCUGCCUUGUACAAAUGGUGUGCGAUGCACAUCAUCAACUUGGGAGUGGUGUUGUGGGUCGUGGGAUCUUGCUUCAAGUUACUCCUUACAGACUUCCCUGGAGUUUUUGGUGAGGGGGAUGACUCCCAGCGCUUACGGAGAGCACAUGAAGCCUUCAAGCUCUGGUGUCACGAACGCAAGAUACCGAACACCCAGCCUCGAUUCACCACUGCCUCCCUGAAGUCACCCGAUGGUCCAUUCCCGGAGCUCCGUGCCAAAGCUUAUAAUGCAACUCGAAUAUAUGAUCUGAUAAGCCACGGGGAUCUAAUUUCAAGUGGCCCCUGGAUCAUGCUUAGGCUCGUGUGGUGGUGGCCUGGCUGGCUUCCUUCUUACUGGCAUUGUACCGUGAACACGAGCCCUCUGAAGUGCUGA